CAUGGUUAUUUAAUUAAUAAUGAAUAAAAAUGUUGAAUUAAACCACUAUUGCGUUAAAACUUAUGGUGAAAGUGACUCGGAGCAGUAUGACGAAAUUGAUCAAGAUGCUUUAGUAGAAGAAACAACAUUUUCUACAACUCCGUCGUCAAACCAUAUCAAUGCCUAUGAGUUCUUCACUCAACAUAAUGUAAAACCCAAAGAAAAAGUAAAACCGAAAAAGAAAAAGAAGAAUAAAAGGUCCUCCAGUAUUAUGGAUGUAAUUAAUACAGAAUUAAUUUCUGAGACAUCAUUAAUACGCGAGAACGUUAUUGAAACAGUAAAGCACAACAAUGUUGAAAAUAUUUAUCAUAAAACUUCCACCAUGAAGAAGUUUAACUGGCGCUAUUCUGAUAUUGAACGAGGGCGACAACUUAAAGAUCCCGUCAAACUAAUUUCAACAUUCCCAAAAGUUCUUGAAAACACAAGCGUCAAGGAGUUGCCAGUCGGCAUCCAUUACUCCGAACCAGUCAUGUUUAGUGUUCUGAUGGCUGGCUACACCGCUGAUGAUGGACGAAUACAAGGUCAGAAGUUUCUCGAUUUUGAAUUACUAAAUAUGAAAUUCAGUCAUCAUUAUAAAUUUUCACUAGAAACAUUGCUAAUAGUAAAGAUGAUUGAUAUUUACAAUGAAUAUUCGAGUAUUCAAAAUACACUAAAAGAGUUACGUAGAAAUAUUAAAAUAAGCAGAGAAACUAAGAACAAUUUAAAACAACAGUUGUUAAAUAUUAGUGGGAGUAACAAGGAUAGCGUAAGAUUUGAUGCUACUUUUCUAAAAUAUACUGGAUUAUUAUUUUAUUACAAAGAUGCGUACAUUGAAAUGUUAAAGAAAGAAAAAGAAACUGUACAUAAAAUACUUUCUUUAUACUCUGAUAUUGAAAUGGUGAGGGAGAAAAGUAAUAAGAUACAAUGUAUUCGAGAUUGA